AUGGCGACGAACGAUGGGUAUGAGUCGGUUGGACAAGGAUACUCGAACGAAAUGAAGGAAUAUCCGCCACAAGAAGUUGGUGCUGUUCGUCGCCAUCAUGUCUUCCGAUUCUGGCCUUGGGAAAUCAUGUCGCUCAUCACGGCAAUUGGCUUGAUAGCAGCCACCUAUUCGAUUCUAUCACACUUCAAUGGCCAAAAAUUGCCAGAAUGGCCAUUCAGUAUUAACCUCAACACGCUGGUCGCCCUGUUAUCGACUUUCAUGCGAGCGGCAAUGCUUGUAUGUGUUGCUGAAAUUAUAAGCCAGACGAAAUGGAGUUGGUUCUCUCGACCGCGACCACUCAGCCACCUCCAGUAUUUUGAUGACGCGAGCCGUUCCUUCGCCGGUUCUCUGAGUCUGCUCUUUGUUGCACCGGGGAGCUUGUUCGGCGUGCUAGGCGCCCUGCUUACCAUUCUAUCACUUAGCAUAGGUCCCUUUGCACAACAAGCUAUCAGAACGGUUCCGUGUCUUCAAACGCGUAACGAACUGAAAGCAUCACUCCCCUUCUCUCACUAUAUGCCCGCCGCAAAUACGUACUAUGAGGCCGUAGAUGGAGUGCUCGAGGCCCAGGUCGAUAUGAAAGGUGCCAUGAUCAACGGCAUUACCAACCCGACGGGCAACGAUUCCGCCAUUGUGCCCAGCUGCGCCACCGGGAAUUGUACGUUUGUCCACCACGACGGCAUUGCACUUUCUUCGAUGGGGAUGUGUAGCUCCUGUAUUAAUACCACCUCAUUCAUUGAACGGAACAACACCAGCAACUUCACCUUGCCCAACAAAUUAUGGGUGAGCAUAUCCAGUCCCGGAGUUUAUCUUACUGUGGGCCAAGGCACCCUAAAUUGGGCUUCGUCUGCUUUCACUCCCGAAUUCUCGUCGAGCAUCGAUGCAACAAUAAUCAAUGUGACGGUACUGGCAUAUACGACCGGUUGGCCUAUAGUGCUUGCUACAUCGUGUUCGCUAUAUCCGUGCCUGAAAAAUUAUAAUGCCACAAUAGAGAGGGGCGUGUUAAAGGAAAAUGUCGUCUCAACCCAACCUGCACCUAUUAACUGGAUAGAGGGCAAAAGCAACAUAGCCAGAAUGAACUAUACCGCGCUCAAAAGCCCUUGUUUUGUUGACGACGGAUGGUACGACCUGUCCAACAUGUCAACUGCUCCUAAAACGGGAGGGAGGGUGUUCACGGGAAUCAGCAUCGACGGGAAGAAUUACACUGCGCCAGACGAGUGCUUGUACAAGAUGUGGUAUUUGUAUGCUGGCGGAUUGAGCAAAUUUAUAGGACAAAACUUAUUCACCGGCAAAUGUGCCUAUAAUCCCCAGCAAGGUAAAGAUAUAGCCUGUGGCUCGAGCUGGUGGCUUGCCAGUUUAUAUAAUAAUAAGCAGGCGAGUUUUGACACGUUGCAAACGGCUUUUGACCAGUUCACUACGGCCAUUACCAACAAAAUUCGGAUGACGGGCUCGAGCAACUAUGACCAAUAUGCGCAUGAGAUGGUGGAUGGAGUGGUCAAUGAGACGACGAUAUGCACGCAAUUCGAUUGGCGCUGGCUGCUGAUGCCGACAAUCCUAGUGGCAGCCACGGGGGCGGUCCUGAUCGCCAUCAUAGUGCAGAACUUGCUUAACAAAAAGCAACCGGUGUGGAAGUCGUCGUUGUUACCACUGCUAUAUUACGGAUUUGAUCAACGUGCGCUCAAUGAGGACCCGAAUAAGCCCAUAAUGGAUCUCAAUGAACUAAACCAAGCUGCAGCGGAUACAAACGUCAAGUUACGGAAUGGCGCUGAAGCAGGCUUCGUUGAUGUUACUCCGAGUAUUAGCGAGGUGAUAAGAUCAAGAGGGAGGGAUGUUGAUGUAGACUCUCUUCUUGAGGGUAGAUGA